AUUUCUCAAAAUUUUUCUGGUUGUUUUCAGGAGUAAAAGUUCCUCGUAAUUUUCGUCUGCUGGAAGAACUUGAAGAAGGUCAGAAAGGAGUAGGUGAUGGGACAGUUAGCUGGGGCCUUGAAGAUGAUGAAGAUAUGACACUUACAAGAUGGACAGGAAUGAUUAUUGGACCUCCAAGAACCAUUUAUGAAAACAGAAUAUACAGCCUUAAAAUAGAAUGUGGACCUAAGUAUCCAGAAGCACCUCCGUUUGUAAGAUUUGUAACAAAAAUUAAUAUGAAUGGAGUAAAUAGUUCUAAUGGAGUGGUGGACCCCAGAGCCAUAUCAGUCCUAGCAAAAUGGCAGAAUUCUUAUAGUAUCAAAGUUGUUCUGCAAGAGCUUCGGCGUCUAAUGAUGUCUAAAGAAAAUAUGAAACUUCCUCAGCCACCUGAAGGACAAUGUUACAGCAAUUAAUUAAAAAAAAAAAAAGAAAAAAAAAACAAACAUGCCCCCCUUAUUCAAUUUAAGCUGUCUUCAUUUUCCACAGUAGUAAAUUUUCUAGAUGCAUCUUGUAGACCUCAAAAUACUGGAAAGGAAGUUCCCAUUCAAAGGAAGUUUUUCUUGAGAUACUGUAAAUGAUACUAAUUUUUUUUUUUCAUUUGAAAUAUAAGUUGUGCUAUAACAAAUAAUCCUGUCGUGUAACCACUGUCCACAUAGCUGAACUUCUGGUAUCAGGAAAAGUCUAUUUAAAUUUAUUACUGUCAAGACCCGUGUGGCACAUCUAACUUAACUGUGAAAGCAUACAUCCCACAAUCACCUUGCUGUGUGUCUGGCCUGGUUUGUUGUUUUGUUUCGUUUUGUUUUUUCUUUUUCUGUCUUUUGCAAUAGAGUCGAAGCUCAGGGCUAUUUAUUAGAGUAGACACAAAGGUUUUUGCUUCCAGUACUACACUGGGCUUUAUGGACUACUAAUGGGGAUGUGUCCUAACCUCAGUCAUCCCUCCCUUUGUGCUAUCUCUAGUAAAGGCUGAAUGUGACUGUGGUUGUUUUGGGGUUUUUAUUAUUUUAUUUUUUUUAAAUCCCCUGAUAAUCUGGGGCAAGCUUUCCUUCUUCCCUUUGGCCAAGGCAUAGAUUGUAUUUCUCUUCCUGGUCCCCCUCACUGGCUUCGGGUGAGGGAUUCAGGGUUCUUUUAAUCUUUUCCCUCUUCCUCUCUUUUUAGCGGGGGUGCUGCUUUCUUUUUGCCCCUCUUUGUGAUUCCUCUCACCCCUCGACGGCAGGGGUAAGUGUUGGGGCAAUAACUUGACAUAUUCCCUCCUGCUUAUUGUUUUGCAACAAAUUUAGUCUUCACCAGCCUGGGAAACAAGAGUAUCUAUCCUGCUCGCAAUCUUGGAUUUUCCCUGUCCCUCCAGCACUGCUGCCACACCACCCAGCUGGCCACGGCUGAUGUUAUUAGAUAGGCUUUUGACGUGGGGAAAAGAGCAGUAAUUUACCAGGAUUGCCGAAAUCUUCUGCUGCCAAAUGUUAAUGGGGAAACGCUGCACAGAGAGGUUCUGAACACGUGCUCCAGCUCAAAUAGGUGUAUUUUGGUGCUUCUGAUUGACCCAAGAAUGUUAGUUAAGGAAAUGUUGCACUUCUGUCUGGCCCUUCUGAAGAUAUGACAGCUACAGACAAAUCACAUCAGUGUGGUAGAUUUUAUUAGGAUGGCCUAAGUCUUAGAAAUCUCUUUGGUGACGGUUUUGGGGAAGCAGUGCACACAGCAGAUUAAGGACCUUUGUUGGCUUUGCAUCCUGGCAAAUCACUGCCUUUUCCGGUUUACUGUUUUGGACCACUAACUGCUGAAAUGUGGAUGCAAGCUUACAUACAACCGACCUAGUGUGUCCCAAGUUUUAUGAAAAAAAAACAGUGUUUGUGUAAAAAAAGAAAAAAAAAGAACGAAAAAAAAGUACAAAUAAACACAUUUUAAAGCAGCAGCUAUCACGUCAAUGAACAAUUGAUGUUUCCAUUAACUCUUUGGAGGAGAAUAUUAGUUGUAAGGAUUUAACAUCCUCUGUAAUUAAAGUUUAACAUAACAGUAUUCCAUAAGCAGCCUUUUUAUUGUAUCAGACCAUUGCCUGAUUUUAAUAUAAUAAAAAGUGUGCAUUAAUAUUA